ACAACAUCGUCUUUCGGUUUUGACUUGAUACUUUCUCACGAGCAUCAUCAUCAUGUUCUUCUAUCAGUUUUUACUCCUUCAGUUACAAGUUUCCUUGUUGAUAUCAAGAAAUGAUAAAUUACGUUAAUUGUUAUUUUUUAUUGAAAAAUCAUCAUCAAAUGAAUAGAUUGUAAACAUCUAAGAAUUGAUAGAAUAAUUGAGUCUGGUUUCCUUAUAAGAAGCUAACGAUGAUGCGGAUCAGAAAGUUGGUGGGCAAAUAUCUGUGAUGGAUCAAGAGUGAAAUUGUUUAUUGGAGCGACAAUAAUCGAACGAUCCCCCGGCCAUACAAAGCCACGUGUUGUCUAUGUGGUCGAGCAUUUCAAUGAGAGGAUGUACGGCGUUGAAGUGUCAUGUGUCGUGAGCAGGCAAUGUGUUAGUAAUUUAUGUAUACAUCAGAGUUAGGUUUCGUGCAUUAGACGAGUGUCCUUUGCAAUAACUAAAUAAGUUGCGAACAAAUAAAUACACCAGCAUUCAAAGGAAGUUGGUGAUAACUACGGGCAAUGCCAAGACCACAUAUGUUGGUUGAAACUGAGUGGAAAACGGAUGGAGGAAAUAAUUGCAGCCAAGAAAUGAAACAUCAACGGCCGAAACGCACAAUCAAGACAGCAAAGACAGCGAUGCUUCAAUCAUUAUAGGGGUCAAAAGUGAUCCCAUGAUAGCAACAAUAACUUCAUUCUCUUUGAAACGACGCAGGGACACGAUGUUGCGCGUUUUGGGAGUUCGACUAUUGUCGAGGCUUCUCGUCCUCGUCUGUUCACUCUCUCUGCUGUCACUCCUUUUCCUCAAUAGAUGUGGCUUCAACAGUUUCGACACUGACCUCAUUGAUACUUCAGACCCCAUCACAACAUCAAACCUUGUUGAAGUUAAUCAAAGAGAGGAAGAAACAAAACUUGAAAUUGAACGACUGACUGCUGAAAUUCGUACAUUAAAAUUACAAAUACUCCAGUUAACAGGUGGACCAUUAGCACAUGGAGAGACAGUGGCUGCGUUGAAUUCAACAGAAAUAGGUGAUUGUUUAGCAGCGAGACGUCAAGUUGAAUUAGCAGAAAUAAGUCAAGGCUUACCAUUAAACAAUGAGUACGAAUUGAUAGCAUUCAGCCAUUUUACUUUCUCUCGACUUUACCCAGUUGACCUAGGUCUUGGUAAAAGGGUUGUAGAAAAACCCAUAGGAUUUAAAAGAAAAGACCUUCUGGAGGCUUUGGCAAAAGCUAUAGAUACUCUUAAUAAAAAUGUGUCUUCCAUCGCCGCGCGUUAUACUCAAGAGGAUUUUCUUGAAGGUCUGUAUAGAGUUGAGCCAACAACUGGGACUCAGUACGAAAUGUACUUUAGAUCUAAAGCACUCAACAAAAGCUCGCAAGUCUCGAUGAAUACUGGGUAUACAAAGAUCGUCAUGAUGAGACCCUAUGCUCCUAUUCACUAUGUGUCACUACAAAAACAGCAGGCACGAGAGAAAGAGCUUAUUCAUAUAAUACUUCCAUUAUCAGGACGCACGGCAACUUUCCAAAGUUUUAUGGAUAAGUUUGUAAAAAUUGGAUUAAAAAAUGAUCGAAGAGUCCAUUUAACUGUCGUCUACUUUGGUACUGAAGGGCUUUCGGAAGCUAGGGCUAUUAUGUCACGAGUAUUGAUGACGAAAGGCAGCGGUGGAACCAAUCAAAAUCUUCGUCUUUUAGCUCUCAAUGAAACAUUCUCGAGAGGAAAAGGAUUGAGGGUUGGUGCUGAACGAGCUUGGAAUGCUGAUGGAGAUGUCCUUCUAUUUAUGUGCGAUGUUGAUGUUGUGUUCAGUGCCAGAUUUCUCGACAGGUGUCGUUGGAACACAGCUCCAGGGCGUAAGGUCUAUUAUCCCAUUGUCUUCAGUCUCUACAACCCCCACGUAGUCUACACGCUUCAGGGACGUGAAGUACCACCGGAACGGGAUCAACUUGUGAUAUCUAGAGACACAGGCUUUUGGCGAGACUUUGGCUAUGGAAUGACCUGUCAGUACAGGUCGGAUUUUUUAAGAGUUCGCGGAUUUGAUGAAGACAUCGUUGGAUGGGGUGGAGAAGAUGUUACUUUAUAUCGUAAAUAUGUUCGGAGUAGUAUCAAAGUGAUCAGAGCAACAGAUCCUGGAAUAUUUCACACCUGGCAUCCAAAGGUUUGUUCCGGUGGUCCGGGUCAGAGAUUAUCGGCAGAUCAGUAUCGUGCUUGCAUAAGAUCUCGUGCUCUCAACGAAGCCUCCCACGCUCAACUUGGUUUUCUUGCUUUUCGCGAUGAUAUUGCAAGUCAAGCGAUGAAUCUCAAGACCUCGCAGACAAAGAAGAAAAAAAAGAAAAUUCCAGCAGCAUCAGCAGUUAAAAAAGAUAAAGUUAGAGUAACGGGAUCUAAGCCAAAAGAAGAGUCUCAGGUGAAGGAAAAAGUUGUUGUAAAGACUUUGAAAGAUGUAAUUUGAUGGAUCUUGAGAUAGGUGUGUUUUUAAUUAUCAAUGUAAAUAUCGUGUAAAAAUAAUGAAAGUAACAAAGUGUCAUGACAAGUGGAACAUUAAUCAAUUAAUUAUCCUCGCGAUUUGUAAUCAAGUGGAAUCAAGAGUGUUUUUGAGUAUUCAAAUACUUUGUGAAAGAAUUAUUUUUCACAGAUAAAUGGGAUUCUUUAUAUGAAUCAUUAUUUCAUAUGGUAACUAAAGGUGAAAAUUUAAUUUUUCAUAAGAACUGUUUAAAUUGUGAUCAUAAAUGUAAUUUUAUUACCGCAAUAUGUGAUGAUUUGUUAAACAAAUGAUAAUUUAUACGUAAUCGAAAUUUGUACAAAGCCUAUUUUAGUCACUAAAUGUCAAUUAGAUUGCACAAAUAUCAUUGUGGUUUGUUGAGCACAAGAGUGACUUUGAAUUUUACAGUAUUUCAGAGUUUACAUAUAUAAGUGAUAGCGAAUGAAAUUAC